AUGAAAUCUGAGCUCAAAAACAUGGGAAGAAGCGGAGAUUUGAUGUCGAGUUACAUGAGUUCCAACAGUUCCCUAUCCGAUACUUUCCUGCGGGACAUCGCGAUGAAUUUCCUCUCCGCUGGGAGGGACACGUCUGGCGUGGCUCUCUCCUGGUUCUUUUGGCUCAUCUUCGAGAGCCCCCAUACUGAGGCCAAUAUCUUAGAAGAACUGCGGAAUGUGCUCCAUGGGAGGACAAGGGUCCCCCUCGAAGAUCUACACCGACUCAUGUAUCUCCACGCAGCACUGUACGAGACACUGAGACUGUAUCCACCGGUUCCGAUCCAUCACAAGGCUGCUGUGCAUAAUGAUACGACAGUGAAGGCCGGCACAAUAAUCCUUUAUUCCAUAUAUUCAAUGGCGAGGAUGGAGUGGAUAUGGAGGAAGGACUGUAGAGAAUUUAGGCUUGAGAGAUGGAUUGGAGAAGAUGGGGCGCUGAAGCCUGGCCUAGUAUUCAAGUUCAUGACCUUCAAUGCAGGGCCAAGGAGUUGCUUAGGGCAGGACAUGGCCUUCACACUAAUGAAGAUAGCUGUGGCCACCAUCCUUGCCAAUUUCCAAGUGGUGGUGGUGGAAGGCCAAAAUGUAAGCCCUAAAACUUCAAUGAUCCUCUCAAUCAAGAAUGGGCUCAAGGUCACUUAA